AAUUUUUGGCACCUGCUGAUCCUUGCUAUUCACUAAACGUCCAGCCUUACACGUAGCAGCAUUUAGGUUAAGAAUUAUCUGCUUGACUUUCAUUCCACAUUACCUAUCUUAGGCGCCUAGAUUAUAUGCGCGAGACGGCGCCCUUCGAUUCUUAGCGGCAAACCCAGAUAUCUGGUAGUCAGUUUGGAUAUCUUGCAUAUCUGCAUGCGCAUGUAUAUCUGAGUAUAUACGUACUUGAGGCAAACAUAUCAUUAUCACGAUUGGGAUAUAUAAUAUCAAGACGGCCUCAUCUUGGGACUGCUGUUUGCCCGAGUGUUAUCAUCUUUGUCCCUAAGUGUACACACAACCUACUAUAAGAUGGACGAGGAUCAGGGUCCGUCCCAGAUCGUGCCGCAGCACGAAUCGAAGAAGACCAUGGGCGAUCGAUUAAACGGCCUCAAGAAAACGUUCCUCACAAAGCAAGGUAUCCUAGGCGAUUAUGACUAUGCCUUCCUUCUCCGGCCAAAUCUGCCGUUCAUGAAGAAGUCUCGGCAAGCUUCGCCCUUCUUCGGCCUCAACGACAAGAUGCCCGUCGUCCUAGCCCUUCUCCUCGGUCUCCAACACGCCUUGGCUAUGCUCGCCGGGAUCAUCACCCCUCCUAUCAUCAUGGCGUCCGGCAUCAACCUACCCACUGAGCUGCAGCAGUAUUUGGUCUCGACCGCCUUGAUCGUAUCCGGCAUCCUCUCGGCGAUCCAGAUCACCAGAUUUCACAUCUACGGCACUCCAUAUUACCUCGGUACCGGUCUCAUCUCAGUUGUCGGUACUUCAUUUUCGAUAAUCACGGUAGCGUCAGGUGCUUUCGAGCAGAUGUACGCUAACGGGAUGUGUCCGACGGACGCGGACGGCACGAAGCUGCCUUGCCCGGACGCGUACGGCGCGCUUCUCGGAACCGCGGCAGUGUGCGCCCUGAUCGAAGUUCUCAUCGCCUUCAUACCGCCGAAGAUCAUGCUUAAGAUCUUUCCCCCUAUCGUCACCGGCCCGACAGUGAUGUUGAUCGGCAUCAGCCUCAUCGAGACGGGCUUCAAGAACUGGGCUGGCGGCAGCGGAUCCUGCGCGGACACCACGCCCACGGCAUACUAUGCAGUGUGUCCGAACGUCGGCGCCCCUCACGCUUUACCUUGGGGCUCGCCGGAGUAUCUAGGCCUCGGGUUCUUGGUAUUCCUUACCAUCAUCCUCUGCGAACGUUUCGGAGCCCCGAUCAUGAAAUCCACAAGCGUCAUCGUCGGCCUCCUCGUGGGUUGCAUCGUCGCCGCCGCCACCGGCUACUUCGACCGUUCGGGCAUCGACGCCGCUCCGGUCGCGUCUUUCAUAUGGGUCCACACGUUUAAACUUACCGUGUACGGACCUCUGGUGCUGCCGGUGCUAGCUGUGUUCAUCAUCUGCGCGUGCGAAGCGAUCGGGGAUAUUACCGCCACGUGCGACGUCUCACGUCUCGAGGUCGAGGGUAGCACGUACGAGUCCCGCAUCCAGGGCGGCGUGUUAGCCGACGGCUUGAACGGCGUCCUCGCCGCUCUGAUGACUAUCACGCCCAUGUCUACGUUUGCGCAGAACAACGGAGUCAUCGCUCUCACGCGCUGCGCAAACCGCACGGCCGGAUACUGUUGCUGUUUCUUCCUGGUCAUAAUGGGCAUAUUCGCAAAAUUCGCGGCUGCUCUCGUCGCUAUCCCGUCCCCCGUUCUCGGUGGGAUGACUACGUUUUUAUUCUGCUCCGUGGCCGUUUCGGGUAUCGCCAUCAUAGCCCGGGGGGUUCCCUUCAACCGCCGAAACAGGUUUAUCUUGACGGCUGGGUUGUCCAUCGGAUACGGAGCCACCCUGGUUCCGACCUACUUCGACAACGUCUUCAGCUAUAGCGGAGAUAACAAGAGUCUGCAAGGAUUCUUAGACGCGAUCGUGCUAGUCAUGGAGACAGGUUUCACGGUGACGGCUUUCAUCUGCGUGAUCCUUAACUUGACUUUGGAAGAGGAGAUUGAGGAGACGGACGAGAAGCUCGUCGUUCCUGAGGAACCGGUGAUGACGACGAAGCAUACACCAAACAAUGCGGAAAGCUUCGACAGCAGUAGAGUUCCUUCGGGCCACGAAAAACAGGUGUAGACAAUGGAUAUGAAGUAGAUAUCUAGUGAUUAUUACUGUACCCCCUGAAAUACCUAGUGUCUGCACGUUUUUAUGCAAAUAUGAAAGUUUCGAACAAGG